AAGACAGGGAAAAAGGCCAUUAACAGUGAGUUAAAUCAAUUCGGUUUCCCUUUCUUUCAUUGCCUCUUGUCCCUAGAGUCUAAGGCAGAGAAAGAUUAAUUUUCGCUCUCUCUCUCUCUGCCUUAGACUGCAAUGGCGUUCCAAGAUUUUGAUCUUGUAUCAGAAAGGCGAAAAACUAACGCUGCCAAACACCUUAGGAAAAAGAUUUUGUUCGGUGUAACUUCCGUCCUUUUAGUAGCAUGUGUUAUAGCAGCUGCAGCAUUUGUUAUUGUCAAACAAACCGGUAGAGACCAAGAGAAGGCUGUUCCAAAAGCAAAGCCCGAAGGGCGGGUAGAUCAAACAUCGAGGCUUGUGAAAGUGUUGUGCAGUAAUUCGAAUUACAAGGCAAAAUGUGAAACCACACUUACCGAGGCAUUGAAAAAAGAUCCUAAAUUGUCAGAACCUAAGGAUCUUCUAAUGGUUUCCAUGGUAAUCGCCGAGAAUGAAAUUAACAAGGCGUUCAACGAAACUGGGAAAAUGAAAUUCGCUUCCGAGGAAGAAAAGGGAGCUUACGAAGAUUGUAAGGAAUUGUUUGCGGAUGCUAAAGAAGAAAUGGGAUUGUCUAUCAAUGAAGUUGGUCAAGUUGAUGUUGACAAACUAUCUUCAAAAACAGCUGAUGUGAACAACUGGCUUAGUGCUGUUAUGUCUUACCAACAAACUUGCAUUGAUGGUUUCCCCGAAGGCGAUUUUAAGAAAAAAUUGGAGAAGAUGUUCACCGAAUCAAGGGAACUUGUUAGCAAUUCAAUGGCGGUUGUUUCACAAGUUUCUCAAAUUGUUAAUGCAUUCAGUGGUGGAAUUUCUGGAUUCAAAUUACCUUGGGGUAAAAUUGAUGCACCAGCUCCCGCUCCCGUUGCUGGUGCUAAGCUCAAUCUUGCCGGUGCUCCUGCUGGUUCUCCUGGUGCUGCACCUGUUGGUGCUCCCGGUGCUGAACCAAUUUUCCUCGCUCCAGCUGGUUCUCCUGACGCUGCACCUGUUGGUGCUCCCGGUGCUGCUCCAGUUGCUGCCGCCGAUGCUCCUGCUUGGGCUUCACCUGUUCUUGAGUUGCCUGGAUCAACUGAGAAACCUACUCCUAAUGUCACCGUCGCUCAAGAUGGUAGUGGAGACUUCAAAACCAUCUCCGAUGCUUUGGCUGCUAUUCCAGCCAAAUACGAAGGAAGGUAUGUUGUGUAUGUUAAGGAAGGAGUGUACGAUGAGUUGGUUACAGUGACAAAGAAAAUGGUGAACCUUACCAUGUAUGGUGAUGGUGGUUUAAAGAGUAUCAUCACCGGCAACAAGAAUUACGUCGAUGGAGUCCGAACUUUCCAAACUGCGUCAUUCGUGGUACUUGGCGAUGGAUUCUUGGGCAGAGACAUGGGAUUCAGAAACACAGCCGGUGCCAUCAAGCAUCAAGCCGUGGCCGCCAGAAUCCAAGCAGAUCAAGCCAUAUUUGUCAACUGCAACUUCGAAGGUUAUCAAGACACAUUGUACGCACAAACCCACAGACAAUUCUACCGCGACUGUAUCAUUUCUGGCACAAUCGAUUUCAUCUUUGGUGACGCAUCCGCAGUCUUCCAAAACUGCCAAAUGAUUAUUAGAAAGCCACUCGACAACCAACAAAACAUCGUCACCGCACAAGGAAGACUCGACAAACAAGAAACCACUGCAUUCGUGCUACAAAAAUGUGUCUUCAAGGGCGAAGAUGGCCUUCCACCAACAACCAAGAAUUACCUCGGAAGACCAUGGAAGGAAUAUUCAAGGACAAUUAUCAUGGAAUCCGACAUUGGCGGUUUGAUUCAUCCCGACGGUUGGUUACCUUGGGAAGGUGAUUUUGCAUUAACCACAUUGUAUUAUGGUGAGUUUAACAAUGUUGGUGCUGGUGCUAAUACUAAUGCAAGAGUUAAAUGGAUUGGACGCAAAGAUAUCAACCGGGAUGAGGCUAUUACUUAUACCGUUGAACCAUUCUUGCAAGGAACAUGGAUCAAUGGUACAGGUGUUCCAGCUCAAUUAGGCUUGUACAAUUAAGUUAAUAAUGUAGAACUUUUGUGUGAAACUUGAGUUCAAUGCUAUCAAUAAUUUAUAUUUAUUCUAAACAGUUUUGAUAUAGAAUAAUUUAAUAUUUUAUUGAGGAACAAUUUAAUGUUCAUUCUUGUUGGUACAUUUGCUUUUCAAAUUUUGGAAUUUAUGGUUUUAAUUUAAUUAUUCAUAAUGUUUUGUUUAAUGUAGAUGUAUCACUAUCCAUUCACUCAGGGGCGGCUCUAACUUUUUAGAGACCCUGCUCAAUUAUUAAAAAUAGGCCCUAGUAAAAAAAUGAAAAAAAAA